CCACUCAACAUGAGACUUCCUGCACAAGCAAAACCAGUGGGUAAAGAGUUAGGCUAACUAAAACUAUAUUGCAGAGAUCACCAAUUUAUAUCCCGAACUCUAAUCUUCUUCUCGGUGAUCAUUCAUCCCCUCAUGGCUAAGCUCCUGAAGAUGCUUGCGCUCAUCGUUCUCAGCCUCGGGAUAUCGGCUGAAGCCACCGUCUUCACCGUCGGGGACAGCGCCGGUUGGGACAUCAGCGCAGACCUUGCUUCCUGGGUUGCUAACAAGGUCUUCUACGUAGGAGAUGCACUGAUGACAGUGUUCGAGUACUCGACCUACCACACCGUGAACGAGGUCGAUAGCGCCGGCUACGAGAGCUGCAACUUCGCCACCCCUCGACUGACGGGCAGUAACGGGAACACGACGGUCCCCCUCACCUCGCCUGGCGAGAGGUACUUCGUGUGCGGAGUUACACUGCAUUGCUUGGGAGGGAUGAAGCUUCACGUGAACGUGGAGAGCAAUCAAACCGCGGCGUCUCCGGUGGGGGCGCCGCCGUCGGCGACGCAGGCUGCGCCUUCACCUUUGCUUGAGUGGCCUUCCGAUAAAAGUGAUUUUCCCUUCCUAAGUGGUUCUUACAGCCAUGUCGUCGCAAGGGGUUCUUACGCUGGUGUAGCUUCGUUGUUGUGUGCUGUGGCAUGGGCGUUAGCUCUCUGAAAGUGUACACAUGAAAUGCUCGUAGAGGAAAAACAUUGUGUGUUCUCUUGUUGCGUGUGGUUUGCCAUCGUUUUGGAUGUGACGAGCCCUUCCUUCAGCUGCAUGCAAUCGAAGGGCGACUCUACAUGAAAUGAUUAUUUUAUUGCGCGA